AUCUCUCGCUCAAUUGUUUCUAUCAACAUACUGUGCUACAAUCGUUGAUCUGCUCAUAUUCAUCAUUUAAUCCCUUGUCUCUAUUUCCAGCUGCUUCUACCCGUGGCCAAAACAUUUGUACCCCCACCAACCUUUCCAAGGUAAAUCAAUCUACCGCCGUUUAUUCAAUCCCUGUACAGAUCAGUCGAGAGCUUGAGUAGCUCCGGAUCCACGUUUCCUACUUCAGAGAUAACAACAAACAAGAGCAACAACUAUGGCCGCGAAAGCAAUUCCUUCUCACUUGAGAGCCCAGGCCGAAUCUGGCGCUGAAGGUGAAAGUUUUCAGCGCAAGCAUCAUGGAAAGUCUCAAUCUCACAUGGUAUGCAUGUCAGCUUCUGGUCUUAUCUCUGCAAAUCGCCCAUCUGGAAUCGCUGUCCUGAAGCGUGCGCAAAUACACGCAGGAUGACUUUUCAGGACGUCAUUGAAUCCAAUACUAAUGUGUAAUGAUAGGCUUUCGAGAAUGCUUCCACCAGCGUUGCUGCUUCCCAAAUGCGAAAUGCCCUGAACGCUCUUGCCGAGACCGUCGAGGAUGGUGCCACCAAGAAGCGCUUCGAAGCUGAGAUGGACAACUUCUUUGCUCUCUUCCGUCGUUACUUGAAUGACCGUGCUAAAGGCAAUGUCGUCAACUGGGAGCGCAUCAACCCUCCCCAGCCCAGCCAAGUUGUUGACUACAACGAGCUUGGAAACUCCGCCUCCGUCGAAUUCCUCAAUAAACUCGCUGUCCUGAAGCUCAAUGGUGGUCUCGGAACCUCCAUGGGCUGCGUCGGCCCCAAGUCCGUCAUCGAAGUCCGUGAAGGCAUGUCUUUCCUUGACUUGUCUGUCCGUCAGAUUGAGUACCUCAACCGCACAUACAACGUCAACGUCCCCUUCGUUCUCAUGAACUCCUUCAACACCGACGAUGACACACAAAACAUCAUCAAGAAGUACGAAGGACACAACAUCGAUAUCAUGACAUUCAACCAAUCUCGCUAUCCUCGUAUCCUCAAGGAUUCAUUGCUCCCUGCGCCCAAGAGUUUCAACUCUCAGAUUUCCGACUGGUACCCACCUGGUCACGGUGACGUUUUCGAGUCCCUCUACAACUCCGGAAUCCUCGACAAGCUCCUUGAGCGUGGUGUUGAGAUUCUAUUCCUUUCCAAUGCUGACAAUCUUGGCGCUGUCGUUGAUCUGCGCAUCCUCCAGCACAUGGUGGACUCCAAGGCUGAAUACAUUAUGGAAUUGACCGACAAGACCAAGGCUGACGUCAAGGGUGGUACUAUCAUCGACUACGAUGGCCGUGUGCGUUUGUUGGAAAUUGCUCAAGUUCCCAAGGAGCACGUCAAUGAAUUCAAGUCGAUUAAGAAGUUCAAAUACUUCAACACCAACAACAUCUGGAUGAACCUCCGCGCCAUCAAGCGUGUUGUCGAGGAGAAUGAGUUGGAGAUGGAGAUCAUCCCCAAUGAGAAGUCCAUUCCCGCCGACAAGAAGGGCGAAGCCGACCUUUCCAUCAUCCAACUCGAAACAGCCGUUGGUGCCGCUAUCCGUCAUUUCCGCAAUGCUCACGGUGUCAACGUACCUCGUCGCCGUUUCUUGCCUGUCAAGACCUGCUCUGAUUUGAUGCUUGUCAAGUCUGACCUUUACAGUUUGCAGCACGGCCAGCUCGUCAUCGACCCCAACCGUUUCGGCGGUGCUCCCAUCAUCAAGUUGGGAUCCGACUUCAAGAAGGUCUCUGACUUCCAGAAGCGCAUUCCGAGCAUCCCACGUAUCGCCGAGCUUGAUCACCUUACCAUCACUGGUCCUGUGAACUUGGGACGCAACGUCACUCUCAAGGGUACAGUCAUUAUUGUUGCCACUGAAGGUAGCACUAUCGAUGUUCCUCCUGGCUCUAUUCUCGAAAACUGUGUCGUCCAGGGAAGCUUGAGAAUCUUGGAGCAUUAAACAUGUAUCAAGUGAUUUGUGAUUCACCAAUACUCUGUAAAAUCAUUCUUACUCUUCUUUCCAUGCGCUCCCAGCUAUUUAUCAUAUCAUGUUUAUCGCGGCAUUACUCAUGCUCAGCGAUGUGAGUAGGGUGAUGUUAGUGGAGUUGGAUGUUGAAGUUGUCAUUCGUGUUGAGAGUGAUAAUAGAUACUACGCAAGGAGGAGAAUCAGCUGUUUAGUCUCUUAGCUUACUUUUAAUAAACGAACAGUAUACAUAUAUUUGU